ACUCCGGUCAUUUCACACACCGCUCUGGGAUAGGAAGGAAAGUUCUCCUCUUUUGUUUACUUUUCUCUCGUGUUAAGAGCCUGCAGAUUGGGAGACUCAUUGAGGCGGGCUGUCUCCGCUUCUCCUUGAAUUCUUUCAUUGCCUUCUUAUCUAUCCGUGAGAGUGUGUUGUGGUUAGUCAAGGCUCAGUGCCUAUGCCCAUUCCUUCAGGGAAACUCUUGUAAAAACCAGGAACUUCUCCAGCAUCAAACGUCUUGCAAUCCAACUGUGAAGAGAAAAGAGUCAAAAAAGCCUCUUCAUCUCCAUCCAACCAUGUGUUCCUCCAUCAAAAGAGUUUGAACUAGUGAGUUGGCACCUUCUCUUCACCGCAGGUGGCCUUUGCUUUUGCUCCCGCUGCCAUGAGGUUUGCCAGAAGCGGAUGGCAUUUGGCACUGCUGCUGGCGUACGUUGGCCUGGUGAGUUCCGGAAACGGGAACGGUCAAGGGAGACGUGGGGGAGGCGAGAGGCGGAGGAAGCUUCACCGCGUGCAGCACGGCCAGUGCAGCUACACCUUCAUCCUGCCGGAGAUGGAGAGCUGUCAGGGAGGAGCGGACCAGAUGAGCAAGACCAACGUGGUUCAGCGGGACUCCCCGCCGGCCGACGGCGAGUGGUCCGUUCAGAAGCUGCAGCAUCUGGAGUCGGCGAUGGAAAACAACACGCAGUGGCUGCAGAAGUUAGAAAACUACAUUAAUCAGAAGACGGGGAUGGUGCAUUUUCAAGCUGAUGCUGUUCAUAACCAGACAGCCACUAUGCUGGAGAUCGGUACUAACCUGCUCACCCAAACCGCAGAGCAAACCAGGAAACUCAAUGUGGUUGAAGCCAAGGUUAUAAACCAGACAUCAAGAAUUGCAAUUCAGUUAUUAGAGAAUUCAUUGUCAACAAACAAACUGGAGAAGGAGCUUAUAACGCAGAUUUCAGAAAUCUCCAAACUUCGAGACAAGAACAGUCGUUUGGAGAAUAAAGUCUUAGUCCUGGAGUCAAAGCAGCGGACGGAGCUGGAGGACAUAAAGGAGGAGAAAGAGCGACUGCAGGACCUGGUGAAGAGACAGACAGCCGCCAUUACGGCUCUGGAGAGACAGUUGAGAGCGGCCAGCAGCAACAACACAGCCCUGCAGAGACAACAUCAGCAGCUCAUGAAGUCCGUAAACACGCUUAUUGGCAUGGUGUCUUCUGGGACAGGCAUCUCAUCAAAUGAGCAGCAUUUCAGAGACUGUGCCGAGGCCUAUAAAUCCGGUCACAACACCAGCGGAGUCUACCACAUUUACAUCGGAGACAUGACCGAGCCAACCAAGGUCUUUUGUGAUAUGGUGACAAGCGGAGGUGGCUGGACGGUGUUCCAGCGCAGGGCCAAUGGAAGUGUGAACUUCCAGAAAAGCUGGAACGAAUACAAACUGGGAUUUGGUGAUCCUAGUGGAGAGCACUGGUUGGGUAAUGAGGCAGUUCACCUGCUCACCAAUCAAGCCCAGUACUCUCUCCGAGUUGAACUUAAGGACUGGGAGGAGAACGGCGCCUAUGCUUUGUAUGACAAAUUCCAGCUGGCUGGUGAAAAACAGCAGUACAGACUUUUGCUAGGGAGCUACAGCGGAACAGCAGGACAGCAAAGUAGCUUAGCUUCAAACGGCACUGGGUUCAGUACUCGCGACGCCGACAAUGACAAGUGCGUUUGCAAGUGCGCCCUCAUGAUGACCGGAGGCUGGUGGUUUGAUGCUUGCGGUCUGUCCAACCUCAAUGGAAUCUACUACACCGUGGGUCACAACAUCCGCAAGCUCAAUGGCAUUAAGUGGCAUCACUUCCGAGGACCCAGCUAUUCGCUCCAGUCCACUUCCAUGAUGAUCCGUCCAGCUGAUUUCUGACUUGAAUAAAUUAGCAUUGCCCAAGCUUGUCACACUGACAAUGACAGGACUUAAAGCCCUUGCUUUGGGACAUAGAAGCAACGAGGUGAAGACAAAUAAAGAUUUCAUUUAAUGGAUGAACGCUAAAGUUUUACUGCAAAUCCAAGAGCUGGAGUGGACAAAUCCGUCAGACUGAUCGAACAUUCAGAUUCAUUUCUAUGCCACAAUUUUCUUUUUUACACAUGCAAACAUGCUUUACCUUCACAACUACUUUCAUCUGAGUUCAUGUGUGGCUUACAACCUAAAACAUUCUCAGUGAUGGCAACUCUCAUGGUGUCAGAAUGUAGGCGAUCGAUGUAGCAUGAAAUAAUUCCAAAGAAAAACCUUUUGAACUUAAUGAUUCCAAGAUUCCAGAACUGUUCUGGAUGUUCCAGAAAUAACCUUCAUGUCUGAGGUUUUAUACUCUUGUGUAAAAUGUAAUAGCUGUUAACUACUUAGCAAAGCAGCUGACUAGUUACACUACCAUUCAAAAACCUGAGGUUGGAAGUUUUUUAUAUUCUUAACACCAAGUCUGCAUUUAUGUUAUCAAAAAUACUGUAAAAACCGAAUUAUUAUUAUUAUUAUUAUUAUUAUUUAAAAAAACAGUUUUCUAUUUGAAUAUAUUUGAAAAUGUCAUUUAAAAGCUGAAUUUUCAGCAUCAUUACUUCAGUCUUCAGUGUCACAUGAUUCUUGAGAAAUAAUUCUAAUAUGUCAAUUUGCUGCUCAAGAAACAUUUCUUAUUAUUAUCAUUGCUGAAAACAGUUGUGCUGCUUGAUAUUUUUGUGGAAAUCAUAAUGCAUUUUUUUAGGAUACUUUAAUAAAUAUGUAGACCAACAGCUUUUUUUUAUAGCAUUAUAAAUAUAUUUACUGUGACUUUUAAUCAAUUUAAUGCAUCUUUGCUGAAUAAAAGUAUUCAUUUCUUUCAGAAAUUUUUACUGACCCCAUUUUUGAAUGGUAGCUUACCAAGUCAGCUGAGUAGACUGAGAUAUUGCAUAAUUGUAUGUAUAUUUUUAAUAACUGGAUAUUUUUUUAUAUUUUGCAUCUCUUUCUUUCUUUAGUCCUUUUUAGGCCCGAAACGUACUCUGCACAAGUAUGUGAAUGCAAAUGCUUUUAACUUCAACGUGUCAAAAUUCAUUUAAUGAGACUAAAUACUGUUCAUUUAAUGUGUCACAUUCUUAGCAUUGCCGUAGGGCGCUAUUUAGCAGGCUUUUGCAUACACUAUCAUGUUUAUGGUCUUGAUGGAGCAACAUUUGAAAUAAAAUCUUGCUGAGCAAGCUACAGAAGCAAAUGCAAAUGCUUCUUAAAGUUGCAUUUGCCUACUUGCAUAAAGUAUGUUUCUGGCCUCAUAAUUGUACCCGUGAGAUUUGUGUGUUUUGUAUGAAAGAGAAAAAUACUAUAUUUUGUUUACUAAUGUUUUUAAAUGUGUUCUUUGUGACCUGUUGUUCCCAUGUCAUGUUUUUUUAGGAGGAUGCACUUUAAGGAGCACAGUGUGAUGGUCAUGUGGUUAUACAGCAGAUACGCUGAUUAGAUCUGACUGUUCCUACAGUUGUACAGCAUGAGCAAUGCUAUAAUUUGCUGCUGCGGUAUAUGCAUUAAUACUUAGACCGUGAACCUUUCAACAUGCAUUAUUACUUUCUGACCAAGAACCUUUCAUCACAUAUCAUGACUGUUUGAUAGUAAACCCUGCAGAUCAGUUCUGGAGUCAAACUGGAUAACAGCUUUUCAACAGGUCGAGGUUUAUUUUACUAUCCUGAACUAAAAGUUGAAGACGCCAAAGGCUUUCCUGUAUUUUUGUGGUUCGAGCUUCCUAGUUCAUACAGUGUUUUUAUUUAACUGAAUUCCAGUUUUCUGCCAAGAACAGCAGGGGCAUAUGGAAGACAUUCCCUCUUGAUCAGUCUUUAUUCAGAUUGUAAAAAUGUCAAUUUUUUUUUUUUUUUUUUUUUUUGGUUUUAAGAGGUCUACAUGAGCAAUAAAGUGCUUCCUAUAUAGAUA